AUGGCGCGGCCCUCGCGGGGUGGCGGCAGCGGAGGCAGGCGCAGCAGGACGUAUUGGAUGCGCAGCUGCGGUGGAUGGAACUGGGACUGGCGCACCACGUGCCUUGUCUGUGCGUACGCGGCCCCGCCCUGGGCGUUGGAUGCUGCAGCCAAGGCCAAGCCCCAGGCGGACAAGGACGGCUGGGUGGAUCAGCCGCGCGGGCGCCGUGCCCAGCGGCAGGCCCGCAGUGCGACAACGAGUGCGGCAACCUCCAAGUCGCAGACCUCGGCGUCGGGCGCCAGUGGUACGCCCAGCGGCAGCGGCGCCACGGCGAUCGAGAGGCUGCAAGUGGCGGUCGAGCAGCUGGAGGCGCUGCAGGCGCAGCCGCCCGACGGAGUCGACUGCUGCUUCACCGACGUCGUCGCCAGCCAGCUGGAGGCCAAGCGCGCCGAGCUGGCAGAGGCCCAGCGGGCCGCAGCGGAGCAGCAGGCGUCCUCCAUGCCGCUCAAGGCGGAGAAGCGCCUCCGUGCAGCGCGCCAGAGCCUGGAGCAGAAGCAAGAGCUGGACAAGCUGCCCGAGGCAUGGGGCUCCUGCAACUUCGAGGUGGCGUGGGCGGCCAUUCGCUCCCAGGUGGAGGCAGUGCGUGCGCAGCUUGCCGAGGCCCCUGUCGCCCCGAGGAGAGCGCCCUGGGCGGAGUCGCGCCCCGUGGACGAGAUCAGCAGCGAGGACGGCGACCGCGCAGGAGGCUGCAGGCACUGGCAGCCGCAGUGCGCCGCGGAGGUCGCCCAGGCGUGCAAGCGGGAGCUGGCGGCCGAGGCCCCACCGGCGCCAGGCCAAGCUGCGACGGCAGCUCAGGAUGUCCGCAGCGGGCUGGAGGAGUUCGGGGUCAACGGCAACGCAUGGAGGUGGAGCCUGGAGGGGGCCGAGGCCUCGGGCCCGCGCAGCGGGGACCCGCCGCGCCUUGUAGUGCACCAGGAGACCCGUUUGGCUCCGCACCGCCUGGAGGAGGCCAGAGGAGAAGCGCGGCGCAUGGGCUCUAUGGCGUUCCUCCACGCGUCGGCGCCCACGGACAAGGAGGGCCCGCUGGCGAGCUCAGGCGGCGUCGCAGGCUGGAGGCAGGGCUGGAGAGGAGUCACAGUACCCGCUGUGUCAGACCUGCAGCUGCUGGCAUGCUCGCUGUACCUCCGUGGCGCCCUGAGGCCUAUAGGCUUCAACCUCGACAGCUUCACUGCCUUCGGCGACUCGGUGCUCUACCAGAGACCGCGGUUCAUUCCCGUCGUCCAGCACCAACGGGACAGGCCGCUGGGUGUGGCCCGCAACGUCGACGGCGACAUCGCGCUGCAGGCCGUGGGCACGGAGCAGCUGGUGGCCGCGUGGUUAGGCGGAGCAGGGCUGGGAGUGGCAUGCCGCCUCCGUGGUCAGCACCUGCCCCUCAGUGCUGCCAAGACGACCUUCCUCGCUCCGAGCCCCAGCCUAGGUUGCCAGCUCGGGGCGUGCGGGAAGUCGCAAGGCGGGACCCUCUGCGAGACCUUGCAAGCCAGGAACCUCGGCUCGGACCCCGCCAGCGCGAAGCUGGACCCGAUCCACAAGGCUGGGCCCGCGGCCAGCGGGAUGAGCGGGCGCACGGUCACGGGCAACGCGGACGGCGAGCUGCACAGUUGGCGGUUGGCGGCCAGUCGCAGCGCAAGAGAGCUCCCCAUAGGCGCAGAGCGAGGGCUGCGCAUGCGAUAUGCCGAGCUCAGGAGGAGGCGUUACCUGGACCCAGUCCAGAUGAAGGCAGGCCUGCUGCAGGAAGGCGAGCUGCCACCGAUGGUGAUGGAGCGGGGGCUGGAGGCGGCCAGGCACGCCACAAUUGACGGGCCAUGGAGGCGUUGCGCCUCCCCCUUCGACGCGGAGAUGCUGACCCGUGCGAGGAUCGGCUGGCACUUCAAGUCCGAGCGGCGCAUGAUCGCGGACAUCGGCGACGAGCUCGACCUCAGGCACCUCGGGCCUCAGGAGCUGGGAUGGGAGGCUGGCCCAGGCGCUCGUAGUGCGUCCUUUCGUCACGAGACGCGGAUGCUCAGCCACGGCGCCUGCCUGCUGAGGGCCCGCAUCUUCAGCCCGCACUGGGCGCAGGCCAGGCUCCUCGAUGCGCGGGAACAGGGGCAAGCACGCUGCUGCGGAGCAGAGAGAGGCACCUUGAGGCACCGCCAGCACGGCGGCCCUGGGCACGAGGCCAAGCGACACGACAGAGACCGCGGGCUGCCUGCGCAUUGGCCACCGCAGGGUCGCCGCGCCGACGCCAUGGGGUCGCGUUGUGUCCGCAGGCCAUCCGAUGAGAAGCUCUACGGCAAGCUGUACCUCGACGGCGCGACGCUUGAGCCGCUGUUCGGCGCCUGGCGUUGCGAGGGCGGAGCCACAGCGCACCGCGACGGCGACGGCAACCUGGCGGCAGAGGUCUACGGCGCAGUCGGGAGCGACCGCUGCCCGCAGCGGACGGCCAAGGACGGCGAGGACUUAGCGGCCUGGAUGUUCGCCACCCUCGCAAGGCCAGCGGUGGAGGAGGUCAACAUCGACUGUCCGAGGCAUGCGGUACUCGACGGGUGCCUGACCGAGGCCCAGAGGCGCGGCAACGAGCACGCGUGUCGCCGUGCCGUGAGGAGGGCCCAGACGCAUGCAGGGGACAAGCGGACCGUUGGCGUGCACCAGGCGCAGGCAGGGUUCGUGCAGGAACUCGGGCGCUGGAUCAGGUGGGCCGUCUUCCUCGGGCAAGGCAUCGAGGCCAGGGACGGCGAAGGGCUCCCUCCUGCUGCCGAGCGGCGCCAGGCGCGUUUCGCUGACGCCGAGAGGCAACAGCUAGGCAGCCCUUUUUCGGCCAGUGCAGUAGCCUUCAGCAUCCUGGGACAUGCCCUGCCCCACGCCUGCGCUGGAGAAGGUGGGGACACACAGGAGCUCGCGGCGUGCUCCAAGCGUGGCGCCUACACGACGCUGGGCGGCCGCUCAGGGGGAAAGCCUCGCCUCAGGGAGCGGUGCCCAUGCGACAAGGCCGACAAGGGCGGCAGGAACCAGCGCAGCCUGUGGCUACGAGGACUCCAUCCUGGAGGCAGGAGGCAGGAGGGGUCACGAGCUGCCAGGCACAGAGUGAAAGGAAAGGGCAUCCCUACGCUGCGCUCGCGGGGUCCAGUGCCAGAGCACGCGCAGGAGCGGCACCUGGAGUGGCUCGGCACUGCAGCGGAGCCAGCUGCAGACCCCUCGGCCACGGCGGGCAGUUCAGGCAGCGCCCCAGCGGCAGCUGCUAAGCCGCGAGUGGCUGCGGACCCAGGAGGAGGCCCCGCGGGGGCGGCCGUCGCGGCGGCCGCCGCCAGCCUGCCCAAGCGGCGCCCUGCUGCAGCGAGAGAGGAGAGCCUCGGCGAGCUCGGGGUCGUCGAUGAGGAGCUCGCCGCCGCGGUUGGCCCUGCGGGCGGAGCCCUGGAGGGCCGCAGGGUACGCCGCCGCGUG